AUGGAUAUCGCCAAUGCCAAGCGCAACCAAGAAUUUCAUGCGUUAUUCCGCAGUGUCCCGGAAGAUGAUUUGCUCAUUGAAGAUUAUGGCUGUGCUCUGCAAAAGGAGAUCCUUCUCCAAGGCCGAAUGUAUAUUUCCGAAACACAUGUCUGUUUCAAUGCAAAUAUUUUUGGUUGGGUUACCAAUUUGGUCAUUGCUUACGCCGACAUCAUCGAUAUUGAAAAACGCACCACAGCUAUCAUUAUUCCUAAUGCUAUUCAGAUCUCAACACUGCAGUCCAAGCAUUUCUUUGCAUCGUUCUUAUCGCGUGACCAAGCCUUUGAUCAGAUUGUCGAACUCUGGCGAGCGGCCCGGCAAAGUAGCCGUCCCUUAAUUAAUGCCAUCGAUAAUGAUACCCUUGAUAUUGACGAAGACAGUAGUCCCAGCGACAAUGGCGAUAAACCGCAUCCAUUGAGUCGAACUCGUACCGACAACGCAAAGGACGAUUUCAUGCCGAGAAAGCACAUCAAGACCGAAUGCCAAUGUCUAACCGGCAAUCAGCAUUUCCCGCACACGGUCAUGGAUCAGACCUAUCAGGGCAGUCUGGAGACCAUUUAUAAUUUGCUGUAUAACAGUGGAUUCAUGAAAAAAUUUUUGACGGAUGUGGAGAAAAAUACAGACAUUACUAUUGGCCAAUGGCGCAAGGGCGAAGGAAAUAUCAAGUAUGUACGCGAUCUGUCGUACGUUAAAUACCUGGGUGGAUCCAUUGGCCCCAAAUCGACCAAAUGUCUUUUGAAGGAAGAAGUUCUACAUUUGGAUCUGAACGAUUACAUUACUCAGCUUACGACGACGCAAACACCCGAUGUUCCUUCCGGAAGCGCAUUCUGUGUCAAGACACGCGUCUGUAUCUCUUGGGCUGGACAUGAACAAGUGCGAGUGCUGGUUACCGUGCUUGUUGAAUUUUCCAAAUCAUCUUGGCUGAAAUCAACGAUUGAAAAAGCGUCGAUUGAUGGUCAACUCAAUUAUUACAAGAAUCUGGAUGCAGCCGUUCGCAAAUACACCGGAUCGCUCUCAUUACAUCAUGAUGCCACUGGAUCAAACAAUCAUUCUCGUAACCUAGCUCACGAAGCUACAGACCCAAGUUCCGUGGUUUCUUUUGCUACGUCAGGGCUGAAAUGGAUCAUUAAUAUGAUACUGCUUCCCAAUCCAUCACAGUUGACUAUGCUGUGCAUGGUUUCAAUGGUGUUUAUCAACUUGUACAUUGCGACCAAAAUGUCCCGCGUCCAUGAUCGUCAUCAUCACGAAAAAUUACGUGGUUCUGACACCAAAGACGACCACAAACCACAUUAUACCGCCGAUAAAAUAUAUCAUCGCAUGGCUGAAUUAGAAAGAAUGUUAAAACAGGCUGGCCAAAGUUUGGACCAAAUGACAGACAUGAUUCAGCAACAAAAGCAAAAGAUAAUCCAAGUCUGA